CUCUCAAAACAAACCUUUAAACUUUCAUCAAAAGCCCAUCCAAGUCAACUUUCUCUUCUUCUUUUCCCAUUUUUUUUUUCUACUCUCCUAUAUAUAUAUAUAUAUAUAUAUGUAUGUAUAACAUGGAAUGAGAGAGAGAAACCCUAGAGAGAGAGAGAGAGAGAAUGGUGGAUUCAGAAGAAAACUGGUGAUUUUUCCGAUCGCCGGAAGUUAUAUAUAUAUCAUCAAAACUUUCGAGGGCGAUUUUUUUUUUUUUAAUUGAAAAAAAAAAUUAUGCAUAAUCAUUGGGGUGGAACGUUGGAGAUCAACGGAGCUGACUCGACCACCGAGGAUGAAAAAAGCCGGAACAUGGAUUGGGACCGGGCGUCCAUCUCGCACCAAGGCUACCACCAUACCUUGGACGAGACGCAACAAAGUUGGCUAUUAGGGCCGUCCGAUAAGAAGAAGAAGAAGAAGUACGUCGAUCUUGGAUGCAUCGUGUGUAGUCGGACCGCUUUGAAAUGGACCUUAGGGUCCAUCUUGGUUGCGUUUUUCGUGAUCGGCCUACCGAUCAUCAUCGCCAAAUCCAUACCUAAGCACAAGCCUCGGCCUCCUCCCCCGGAUAAUUACACCGUCGCUCUCCACAAAGCCCUUCUCUUCUUCAAUGCCCAAAAAUCUGGAAAAUUGCCCAAGAACAACGGUAUCCCAUGGAGAGGGGAUUCCGGGUUACAAGACGGGUUGAACCAAACCGAUCUUAAAGGAGGAUUGGUGGGAGGGUACUAUGAUGCCGGAGACAACACCAAGUUCAAUUUUCCGAUGUCGUUUGCAAUGACGAUGCUAAGUUGGAGUGUGAUCGAAUACGAGCACAAAUAUCGUGCCAUCGGAGAGUAUGAUCAUGUCCGAGACCUCAUCAAAUGGGGCACCGAUUAUUUGCUUCUUACCUUCAACUCGUCCGCCACCACAAUCAACCACAUUUAUAGCCAGGUCGGUGGAUCACAAAACGGUACACAAACCCCAGACGACCACUACUGCUGGGAACGGCCGGAAGACAUGGACUACCGUAGGACGGUCCAAACCACAACAUCCGGGCCGGAACUCGCUGGAGAAAUGGCUGCCGCGAUGGCCGCCGCCUCCAUCGUCUUCCGGGACGACCCGACCUACUCCAAGAAGCUGAGCCGGGGGGCGGAGACGGUCUUCGACUUCGCCAGGGACUUUGGGAGAAGACUACUCAAGAGAAGAGGGAACCCUUUCAUAGAGCCAUUCUACAACUCCACAGGCUACUUUGAUGAGUACAUGUGGGGUGCAGCAUGGCUGUUCUAUGCCACAGGCAACAAUUCAUACUUCUCACUGGCUACAAAUGCAGGCCUGCCCAAGAACUCCAAGGCCUUCUACAUGAGCCCUGACUUGAGUGUUUUGAGUUGGGACAACAAGUUGCCUGCUGCAAUGCUUAUUUUGACAAGAAUAAGGCUGUUCUUGAGCCCUGGAUACCCUUAUGAGGACAUGCUGAGUAGUUACCACAAUGUCACUGGCCUUACAAUGUGCUCUUACUUGCGGAAAUACAACGUUUUUAACUGGACUCGAGGAGGAAUGAUAGAACUGAAUCAUGGGAAAGCACAGAAUCUGCAGUAUGUUGCAAAUGCAGCAUUUCUGGCAUCAGUGUUUGCUGAUUACUUGAAUGCCAGUGGGAUUCCGGGCUGGAACUGUGGCCCUGAUUUUGUCCCACUCACUGUCCUCAAAGAUUUCGCCACUUCUCAGAUGAAUUAUAUACUAGGUGCCAACCCGAUGAACAUGAGCUACGUAGUCGGGUACGGACCCAAAUACCCGAGACACGUCCACCACCGCGGCGCCUCCAUCCCCAACAACAAAGUCAAAUACUCCUGCACCGGCGGAUGGCGCUGGCGCGACGCCGCCACUCCCAAUCCCUCUCUCACCUCCAGCGGCGGCAUUGGAGUUGACAAGAACACAAUUUUCACCAACGUGCCGCCCUUGUAUCCGGCGCCCCCCCCGCCACCGCCGCCGUGGAGGCCUUAAACAUUUUAAUUUUUAAUCGAUAAUGAAAAUAUUUUACCAUUUACUAUUA